AUGGCAGAAUUAUUACUUUCAACAUUUUGUGCUGACAAAUUAAAAUUUGACUUUUUUUCUGAAGAUCCUUCUAAUCACCAAAAAUUUUUACAAAGAGAAUAUGAGGAUAUUAUAUUAGAUAUAAGAAGUUCAGACUCACCUAAUGACCCUUAUGCCAAGACUAUAAAUGAUGAAAUGUUUCUUCUUAAAGUUGCUAACACAUCAGAAUUACCUUUAGCAUCAAUGAGUAAUAUAGAAAAGAAACAAUUUCCUAAUAUUGCUCAAGAUCCAGGUUCAGUGGCACAUUAUCUUUCUAUAAGGAAUAAAAUAUUAGCUGAAUGGUAUAAAUAUAGCAAAGAUGACAAUGCUAAAAAUAUUUGUGUUAGUAUGGAGGGAAACGAAGAUUAUAUUUCAUUAAUAAAAGAUAUUUAUUUGUUUCUAUUUCGAAAUUGUUUUAUUAAUUAUGGAGUUUUAAGUACUUUGGAUAGAGAGAUUUUUGUACCAAAAGAAAGAAAAAAAGUUGCUAUAAUUGGAGAGGCAAGAGAAAAAAUUGGUGGUCGGAUUGAAACAAUUGAGAAAGAUGACCUCAAAAUAGAUGUUGGUGCUUUUUUAUUAACAACAGAAUGGAAAGACCAUUUGAAUAUACUACUUGAUCAAUGUUCAAUUGAUGUUCAGUUAAUUCCAGAUAAAGUAUUACUUCUAGAUCACAAAAAAGAUCUUUUUAAAGAAGUAGCAUUUAAUGUAGCUUGUAAAAUAUUUAUGGAAGAUUUAGACUUAUUAAUAUAUUCUGGUGAUUCAACUAUAUGUGAAUUAACAUUAUAUGAAGCAUUUGAAUUGAUGAAAGAAAGAAAAGAUGUAAUGGCAGAUGUUUUAAGAGAAGGUAUUUUAAGCGAAUUUGAUGAACUAUUUAAUAAACUUGGACAAGCAUGUAUUGAUGGAUAUUGUAAUCUUCAUAACAUUCUUUCAGAUUAUGAAAGGAGAAAAAGUACUUUCUUUAGGUUUAUUGAAGAUCAGAGAAAUUCAAAAAAUAAUUUGACAAAUACACAAAAGAUUAGAGAGGUUGAAGCUCGUAAUGCGGUUAUUUCAGAUUUACUUGCACAUGUAUCACUUAAAAAAUUUAAUCUUAUCUGUGAAGAUCUUAGAGAUACACGAGAGUUAAUUGAAUUAAUGAAUGAGCUUUUAGAUUCUGCAUCAUAUUAUCAAAAUGGUGCACCACAUUAUAUAUAUGAUCAAUUACAGGAACUAUUUUUUAGUUCAAUAGAACAAGCAUUCGGCUGUAGUGUUAAAGAGUUACAACUUUCAUCAAUGAAACAAUUUUCAUGGUCAAAUAAAAGGCAAAAAUUUUUUUCACUUAAUAAUGGUCUUUCAGAUAUUAUAGAAAAACUUAGUGAAAAUAUAAAUGUAUCUGUAAACAAACCUGUACAGACUGUUGCAUAUAAUGAGUCAGAAAAAAAGUUUAUUCUUAAUGGUUUAAAUUUUCAGGAAGAAUGUGAUAUUGUUGUAUCUACAUUACCUAUAGGUGUUUUGAAAACGAAUACUGUUAAAUUUAAACCAGAUUUACCAUCUCCUAAAAAAGAAGCUAUUAAAAAAUGUAAACUUGCCGUCAAAAGAGAAUUGAUCUUUCAAUUUGAUGAAAUAUUUUGGGAUAAAAAAGUUUCAGUAUUUGCCAAAGUCGCUAAUCCUUUCAAUUCUUCAGAAGAAAUGGUUAUUGUAUAUGCUGUCCCAUUAAAACCAAUACUUAUUGUUUUGUGGGGUGGUAAAAAUGCCUCAAAAACAUUUAAUUGGAGUGAGGAAAAAUUUAUAGAAAGAUCUACUUACAUGUUAAAAUCUAUUUUUGAGAAAUCAUAUACUCCAUAUACUUCUGUAAUAAAUAAAAAUUGGAAUAGUGAGCCAUACAUUCAAUGCUACCAUGUUAUACCUAUUGGAGACGAAAAUAUAGUUAAAGAAUUGGCUGAACCUAUACGUUUUGAGAGUCAAAAUAGUUUAAAUGCAAUUUAUUUUGCAGGAGAACAUACAAAUCUCCAAGAACAAGGUACACUAUCAGCUGCUUUUUGUAGUGGUCUUCGUGUUGCAUCUGAGAUAGCAAAUGACUAUCCUAAUAUUUCAUAG